AUGGAAGAUGUUGAGGAAACAGCUGCUGAUGUGAAGGAAGUGAAAGCGGAGGAGGGUAAGGACAAGCGGGAUGAGGAGGAUGAGGAUCAGGUUGAGACGAUUGGGGACGGCGAUGAUCCCGAGGAGCUCGCGGUGAUCGAGGCGGAGGAAGUGGAGGAGGGCGACGACGGCGAGCAAGCUGGCGACGACGACGAAAUGAACGACGACGAGGAGGAGGAGGUUGAGCAAGCGGACGAGGACGACCCUCAUAAAGACGAGCCGCAUUUCAACGAGCGCAAGGAGAUAGCGAGGAAGGAGAGGGAGCGGCUGAGGGAGAUGAAGCGGAACAAGAAGAAGGAGCUGGAGGAGCUCGUCAAGAGGCAGAACGAAGCCGUGCAGGCUGAAACGGCUGACAACGCCAAGGGGAGGCUCAAGUUCCUGCUGCAGCAGACGGAGAUAUUCCAGCACUUUGCACAGCAGCACGACUCGCCUGUGAAGCCCAAGGGCAAGGGCAGAGGCAAGGGGCGGGGUCGAGGGAGCUCGAAGCUGACAGAGGAGGAGGAGGACGAGGAGUAUUUGAAGGAGGAGGAAGAGGCGCUGGGGGAUGGAGGCAGCACCACCAGGCUGCUUGUGCAACCCUCUUGCAUCCAGGGCAAGAUGAGGGACUACCAGCUGGCGGGUCUCAAUUGGAUGAUUCGGCUCUAUGAGAAUGGCAUCAACGGGAUUCUGGCCGACGAAAUGGGCCUGGGAAAGACCCUGCAGAGCAUAUCGCUGCUGGGGUACCUGCACGAGUUCAAGGGCAUAUCAGGGCCGCACAUGGUGGUGGCGCCCAAGUCCACGCUGGGCAACUGGAUCAAGGAGCUGCACCGCUUCUGCCCCUCCCUGCGCGCCUUCAAGUUCCACGGCAACCAGGAGGAGCGCACCCACCAGCGCACCAACCUGCUGCAGCCGGGGAAGUUUGACGUGGUGGUGACGAGCUAUGAGAUGGUGAUCAAGGAGAAGUCAGCGUUCCGGCGGCUGUCGUGGCGGUAUAUUAUCAUCGAUGAAGCGCAUCGGAUUAAGAACGAGAAUUCCAUCCUCUCCAAGACCAUGCGGCUGUUCUCCUCGAAUUACCGGUUACUCAUCACCGGGACUCCGCUUCAGAACAACCUUCACGAGCUCUGGGCGCUCCUGAACUUUCUUCUGCCCGAGAUCUUCAGCUCAGCAGAGGCGUUUGACGAGUGGUUCCAGCUGUCAGACGGGGAGGACCAGCAGGAGGUGGUGCAGCAGCUGCACAAGGUGCUCCGCCCCUUCCUGCUGCGGCGGCUGAAAUCGGACGUGGAGAGAGGACUCCCACCCAAGAAGGAGACGAUUUUGAAGGUGGGCAUGAGUGAGGUGCAGCGCAACUACUACAGGGCGCUGCUGCAGAAGGACAUAGAGGUGCUCAACAGUGGAGGGGAGAGGUCUCGUCUGCUCAACAUCGCCAUGCAGCUGCGCAAGUGCUGCAACCACCCCUACCUCUUCCAGGGCGCCGAGCCCGGCCCACCCUUCAUCACAGACGAGCACCUGAUAGAAGCUUCCGGGAAGAUGGUGCUGCUGGACCGGCUGCUGCCGAAGCUGAAGGCGCGGGACUCACGGGUGCUCAUCUUCUCCCAGAUGACGCGCCUGCUGGACAUUCUAGAAGACUACUGCAUGUUUCGCGGGCACCAGUACUGCCGGAUCGACGGCAACACGGGGGGUGACGAGAGGGAGGCGGCGAUCGAGGAGUUUAAUAAAGAAGGAAGUGAGACGUUCAUCUUUCUGCUGUCUACUCGGGCGGGCGGGCUGGGGAUUAACCUCGCGACGGCUGACAUCGUGAUUAUCUACGACUCUGACUGGAACCCCCAAGCGGAUCUGCAGGCCAUGGACAGAGCGCAUCGCAUCGGGCAGAAGAAAGAAGUGCAGGUCUUCCGAUUCUGCACUGAGCACACGAUAGAGGAGAAGGUGAUAGAGCGCGCGUACAAGAAGCUGGCUCUGGACGCUCUGAUCAUCCAGCAGGGCAGGCUUGCAGAGCAGCGAGCUGUGAACAAGGACGAGCUCCUUCAAAUGGUGCGGUUCGGAGCAGAAAAAGUAUUUACCUCCGCCAACACGACCAUCACUGAUGCUGACGUGGACAGGAUCAUCGCCAAGGGGGAGGAGGCGACCGCUGAGCUGGACGCCAAGAUGAGAAAGUUCACGGAAGAUGCGAUAAAGUUCAAAAUGGACGACACGGCGCUGUACAGUUUGGGCGAGGGCGAGAAGGAGGAGGAGAGGCCUGAUCUCAAGAAGCUGGUCACUGAGAACUGGGUCGAGCCAUCACGGAGAGAGAGGAAGAAGAACUAUUCUGAAGCAGAGUAUUACCGCCAGGCCAUGCGCAUGGGCCCUCCCUCUCAGCCCAAGUCGAAGGAGGCCCGACUGCCAAAAAUGCCCGUGCUGCACGACUUCCAGUUCUUCAACACGGCGCGCCUCUCGGAGCUCUUCGACAAGGAGGCCAAGGCCAAGCUGCAAGCCUUGGAGCGGCAGGCAGCAAAGAAAGAAGCCAAGGAAGGGGGCGAACCGUUUGAGGAGGAGGACGAGCAACCAAUUCUGACGCUAACAGACGAGGAGCAAGAGGAGAAACUGACUCUUCUUAAUCAGGGCUUUAAGUCAUGGACGCGCAAGGACUUCAACCAGUUCCUGCGGCUGUGUGAGAAGUACGGGCGAGCGGACGUGGCGAGCAUUGCAGCCGAGAUGGAGGGGAAAACGGAGGCAGAGGUUCGAGAGUAUGCGGCAGUGUUCUGGGAGCGAUGCACUGAGUUAAAUGAUUGGGACAAGAUUCUGCGCAACAUAGAGAAGGGCGAGGCGCGCAUCGUGCGUCGGGAGGAGAUAAUGCAGUCGGUGCGGCGCAAGAUGGAGCGGUACAGCAACCCCUGGGUGGAGCUGCGGAUCCAGUACGGCACCAACAAGGGCAAAUACUACACGGAGGAGAGCGACCGGUUUAUGAUCUGCAUGAUCCAACGGCUGGGAUAUGGCAACUGGGACGAGCUCCGGGCAGCAGUGCGUCAGUCCCACCUGUUCAAAUUCGAUUGGUUCCUGAAAUCAAGGCAGCCGCCUGAGCUGGCGCGGCGGUGCGACACUCUCAUCCGAUUGGUGGAGAAGGAGAAUCAGGAACUGGAGGAGAAGGAGCGGCAGGCGAAGCGGGACAAGAAGAACAGCGCCAAGGCAUCUGGAACAAGCAGAGGAGGAGGCCAGGCAGCAGCAGCAGCUGAAACUGUUGGCAGCGGAAGCAGGAAAAGAAAGCAGUCCACUCUUGAGGCCUUCGUGGUGAGAUCCUAUUCGUGUACCUCCUUUUCACUUCGACCACAUGUUGUUCCUCUUUCUCCUUCCUCCCGCACCUGUGCAUGCGCUUCCUUAGUACGAUCCCCCAGCCUUGUGUCGAUGAUCAGUUAA